UGCUCAUAAAUAUACUACCAUCCAUCCAUCACUUGCUAUGAUUAAGUCCAUUGGUUUCUGUUCAACAACAAAUAUUAACAUGGAUGCCUUCUCUUCUUCCUUCCUCUCCAAAAUCCCCAUUAUCAUACCAAAAUCAACUACAACACCACCUUUCUUACCUUAUGCUCACCACCUCAAUAUUUCCUCUGUUAGAAUUGAAGAAAAGCCUCCAACUCAAGUCACCAAAACUACCACCACAACCUCCAACAACAAAACACUUACUCCUACAGCAACAACCCCAACCCCAUCUCUAAAAUCCUCACCUUCAUUCCCUCCAUCAACUGCCCACAAGAGACGUGUUGAUCCACCAAUUUCAUCUAUCAUAUUCAAUUCAUUUGACAACAUCAUCAACAACUUCAUAGACCCUCCAGUCAAGUCCUCUGUUGAUCCAAGACAUGUUCUUUCUGACAACUUUGCUCCUGUGGAUGAGCUGCCUCCGACAGAGUGUGAAGUAAUACAAGGAUCACUCCCCUCUUGUCUAGACGGUGCAUACAUCCGCAAUGGCCCCAACCCUCAGUAUCUUCCUCGUGGACCUUACCACCUCUUUGAUGGUGAUGGCAUGCUUCACUCUAUGCAAAUAUCUCAAGGCAAAGCCAUUCUCUGCAGCCGUUAUGUCAAGACUUAUAAGUACACCAUUGAGCGUGAUGCUGGCUCUCCAAUCCUUCCUAAUGUUUUCUCAGGCUUUAAUGGCCUAACUGCCUCUGCAGCUCGUGGUGCUCUUUCUGCUGCCAGAUUCCUUGCUGGUCAAUUCAAUCCUGUUAAUGGCAUUGGUCUGGCUAACACUAGCUUGGCUUUCUUUGGCAACCGACUCUAUGCUCUUGGUGAGUCUGAUCUACCUUAUGCUUUACGUUUGACAUCAAACGGAGACAUAGAGACUAUUGGUCGCCAAGAUUUUGAUGGCAAGCUGUUAAUGAGCAUGACUGCUCACCCCAAAGUAGAUCCUGAAACAGGUGAAGCUUUUGCUUUCAGAUAUGGCCCCGUGCCACCAUUUUUAACUUACUUUCACUUUGAUGCCAAUGGUAGAAAACAAGCAGAUGUACCUAUAUUCUCCAUGGUUCGUCCUUCUUUUCUUCAUGACUUUGCAAUCACCAAGAAGUAUGCAAUAUUUUCUGACAUACAGAUAGGAAUGAAUCCCAUGGAAAUGAUAUUCGGAGGAGGGUCUCCGGUGGGUUCAGAUUCAACAAAAGUGCCAAGACUUGGAAUUAUUCCAAGAUAUGCAAAAAAUGAGUCCCAAAUGAGGUGGUUUGAUGUUCCAGGAUUCAACAUCAUACACGCCAUAAACGCCUGGGACGAAGAUGAUGGUAAUGCAAUUGUGAUGCUGGCACCCAACAUACUUUCAGUUGAACACACUUUAGAAAGAAUGGACCUUAUCCAUGCCUUGGUAGAGAAAGUAAGAAUCGACCUCAGGACUGGCCUAGUAACAAGGCAUCCUAUAUCAGCAAGAAAUCUAGACUUUGCAGUUAUAAAUCCGGCUUAUGUAGCCAAGAAAAAUAGAUAUGUGUAUGCAGCAAUAGGUGAUCCAAUGCCAAAGAUAUCAGGGGUGGUGAAACUAGACGUGUCAAAAGGGGAGCGCCAAGAGUGCAUCGUGGCCACCCAAAUGUUUGGACCAGGGUGCUAUGGAGGUGAACCAUUCUUCGUGGCAAGGGAACCUGAUAACCCGGACGCAGAGGAGGAGGAUGGAUAUGUGGUGUCUUAUGUUCAUGAUGAGAAUGCAGGGGAGUCCAAAUUCUUGGUUAUGGAUGCAAAGUCACCAAAUCUUGAUAUUGUGGCCGCAGUGAAGCUACCCCGGCGGGUGCCUUAUGGAUUUCACGGGCUUUUUGUGAGGCAAAGUGACCUGGAUAAGCUCUAGGAACAUUGUUAAAACUAGAUACCAAAUAGUAAUUACAAAUACAAGUCGUUAGUCGUAAGACCUAAUUGUAAUUGAUCAUUAUAAUCAUAGUUCCUGCUCCUUAAGACACAGCCUUAGUGUUAAGAUGGCAAAUUAUGUUGCUACUCAUACUCAAUUGUAUCAGUAAAUAAAGGUUGAGAAUAAAUUCCAAUCUGA